UUGCCCACAUCCAAGAAACAGCUGAUUGUCACAUUCGAAGUGAAUUGGAAUUUUAUUAUUUUGAUUUUAUAACACAAAAAGCUUACCAAAUAGUUUACAAACCAGCUCCACUGCUUCUGGGAAAGGCUGCAAACAUAUUUAUAAGUUAAACGGAACACACCCAACAUGAAUUUCCUGCGGCAAACUUUUGGCAUUACGAAACAACUGACUUCGCAGGCCAUCCAGAGCAGUUUUGAGACGGCCAUGCGGGGAAUGGCCUCCCUGCAGCAGAUGCAUCGCAGUGGGCCGCACGUGAAGACGCGACCGCCGCGCCAGCCGCUCGACGGCAAGCCCUUCGCCAAGGGCGUCGUCCUGAAGACGCUGAUCAAGAAACCCAAGAAGCCGAACUCGGCCAACCGCAAGUGCGUGCUGGUGCGUCUCUCCACCGGCAAGGAGAUGGUGGCCUACAUCCCCGGCAUCGGGCACAACCUGCAGGAGCACAACAUCGUCCUGUGCCGCGUGGGCCGGCUGCAGGAUGUGCCCGGCGUGAAGCUGAAGGCUGUGCGCGGAGUCUACGACUUGGCGCACGUCAUCAAGAAGAGCCAGUAGUUUUAAAUCGCUUCCUAUGUCACAACUGUUCAAAUGCAUAACCCCACACAACCGAAAA